AUGUCUCCUGGCUUGGUGAUCCCCGAGUCCGGGCUGUCUCUCCGCCAUGACGAGCAGUCCGGAGCCGGUUCGGCGAAACCCGCUCAGAUCAUGCGGCUAAACCUGGUGCAGAGCACUCUGGAUGAACUCUUGGAAAGUCUACGGAAUGACCAGCCAGCUCGAGUUCGUCUGGGAAAACACCCGUCUCUUCAUUACGCGGGCAAAUCCCAAGCCUUUCACGCCUACCCCGAAACUCACCGUUCCGAGAUCUACCAUACUUCGACCGACGAUCGGGACAUUUACUUUACCGGUGUUUUGAGCCAUAGCCUCGAGGUGGAAAAGGCCAAACAGGACACUGCGGCUACGGACCAGGCACUUGCCAAUCUGGAGGAGAGCCUCAGUGCCUUUGAAAGAGGCAAAGAGUCCAAGAAAACUCAUAUCAUCCACCAUCCCGAUGAGUUCAAGGCCUUGAAAGCCGCUGGCGCUGGAAGCUCUUCUCUCCGGGGUCACAAGACCAAGGCCGAAUUGGAAAAGGACCGAUUGCUGCGAAUGGGGCCAAGUCGGUCACUGACCUCGAGCCCGACUCUCGGUGCUCCCAAGUCUCCCGUGCCCAUGCUCAUGCCCACCUCCGCACCAACCUCACAGAUCAAAAAUCGUGCCCGCCUCGACGCCCUCAAGACCCCUUUCAUCCACCUCCUCGCCGUACGAGCCGUUUCGACCAAGUUCCUCUCCCGCCAAACCUGUUCCUCCAUUGAGGACUGCGGCAGUCUUGCUCAGAAGUACGGUACGGAGAACCGCCUCAACCGCGAGAAAUUCGAUCUGAGGGACAAAACAUACAAAGACCUUGAUGUGUGGAACUUCCCCUACCCCAAUCAAGAGGACCGACAGCAGGCAAUUGAGAAUGCCAUUUCGGCUUUCGAUCGGCUGCGGAUUUCUCGUUCGGAUAAGCUCUGGCAGACACUUCUUCCUAAAGAGGAGCGAGGCAAGGGCAGGUGCCUGUCACGACUCAAUCUGAGCACUGGACCCGUCAAGAAGACUGCUACUCCGCGGGUCCAGUUAGACGGGGCUGAUGAUCGGGCCAGUGGUGAGGGUACUGGCAAUGAAUCGGAACGUCCUACUAUGUCUUCCAAGGGACUAGACGGUGCUCCACCUCGAUCAAAUGUACCGAAGUCCCGGGCGGAGAAAGAACCUGCCAAACGACCUGCCAAGGCGAAGCCCACUAACAACAGUACCUUGACCGGCCGGGUUACAAAGAAGACGGCAGCGAAGGCACCGGCCAAGGUGGAUACCAAGUUCAAGUCCGAUGAGUUUGUCCACUCGUCAGACGAUGACGAUGUGGAGAUGUCCGAUGCCACGCCACCUUCAGCACCUCCGGCUCCGCGCCCGAAGGAGAAUAAGCCGGUCCCACCACCCAGGAAGACUCAGGGUCAGAAGGGACCUCAGAAGACCCAGGUUCCUGCAAAGCGCCCUGCCGAAAGUACUGCGUCCAAAGUUCCCAGGGAGGCGCCUACCCCCAAGCUCGAAUCAUCCCAUGGCAAGACGGCCUCCAAGAAACCUGCAUCCCGACAGUCCACCUCACCCCAGAAGCCUUCUCCACUCGGCUCUUCUCCUCCUACUAAUGCCUCUGAUGUUCCGAGCCGUAACCGCUCCGACAGCCAGAACCAAUCCUCCAGCUCGUCUUCGUCUUCUCCCCUCAUCUCCCAGCUUUCUCGGACAGACAAAACCACCGCCAAUACACGGGUUUCGAAACCCACUGGGCAAACCAAUGGCGUUACCAAGUCUGCGGUCACUGGAAACCCCUUGAAGCGCAAGGCGGAGUCGACAACUGCACAAGCUGCACCUGUCCGUACGACUGGCAACCUCGACCACAAGCGACGCCGAGCCGUCAGCGCCUCUAGUGGAGGCAGUACUGGCAGUGCGUCCCCACCAAUGAGCUUCGAAAUUGCCCGACAGCGGCUAUCAGAACGGUCACAGGUAUUCAAGAAGCACUAUGCCAAGUACCGCACCUUGCAUAAGUCCCUCGAGGCCCUAUCCAGCCCUCCCCAAUCAGAGCUCGACAGACUAGUACGAAUGCACGAGCAUCUGCAAAGCGAAAAGAGAGAAAUCUGGGAAGAAGAUCGACGUCUUCGAGAAGGCAUUCUCUCUUAA